AUGGAAAGCAACAUAAGGGGUCUUUUUUUACCAAUGCAACUACAUCGGCUUAGGACUUUUGAUAUGCUCCACUUUGUUGAUCCUAAUACCAGAAUUAUAAAUGUGCAUAGAAAAGAAUUUGUUAAAACGUAUAAGGAGACGGUCUUUACUCUUCUUGACAGGUAUAGAUUUGAGAAGAAAGAUGAAAAAUCAUAUGAAAUGCUACAGAGAGAGAUUGAGGAGCUUACUUUGAACUACUCUGAGGAGUCUCUGUAUAAGGCAUGUCCUAACAUCAUGGAAAUGUUAACUAAAACGGAGAUGCCAAGUGCCAAAGAAUACCUUCGUGGGAAGUAUCUUACGGAUAAAACCGGUAGAAUGACUAUUUAUGCUAAAAAGCUUUCUUCUGCCGAUGUUAAGAAUCUCCGAUUUGUACUCUCUGAUAGUGACCAGUCUUUGUUGAAAGAGUUUGGCGAGCAUACCCUAGAGUGCCUACUGGUUCACACCCUUGGCCAACUGUUUAAUCUAGAUAAUUCUGUUAGUCUGGCUGGUUUGGUUGAACGUAUAGAAUCUAAUGUCCGGGUUUAUGCCUCAUUCUUGCGUGAUAAUAGUAUGGUCAAUAAGCCAAAAGAUGCUGCGGAGGAAGCUGUUGAUGAUACUAAAGCCAAAACAAAAGCGUACCCCUUUGGUACUGCAUUAGUCGAAUUUUUAGUGACUCGUGAUCUAUUGCGUUUGAAAACAUAUAAUGAGGAUGAAUUAAAUGUAUUAGACGGGGGUAUUCCUAAAGUCAAAAGGGUAGUCAAAAAGGGUAAAGGUUAUUAUAGGAACUCUUUUGUUUAUGCCGAAUGCUUGUUUAACACCGCUUUACUUCCUAUUAAGUUAAGUCUACCAAUGGUAUUUCCUCCAAAAGAUUGGGAGCCCCGCCUUCCUGAGCACGACCGAAUGUGGUUAUAUAUCUCUGAUAUCUAUGGUGGUUAUUUAAGCAACCCUACUGGCCAAAUCUACAGCACUCAGCGGUGUAUGAGUACACCCCAUGCUAAGAAUUUCUUCAUCUAUUUCGGACAAAAUAAGGAUUCAAAAAGUCAUGAAAAGCUAAAGAGACUUUGUACUUCCAUCAGUAGCUUACAGCGUCAAGCAUUUAAAAUAAAUAGUCCACUCCUUAAUUGUAUUAUUAAUCAUAGGGCUUUGUUUGAAGAUUAUGGCUUCUUGAUGCCCGAAUUUCUUUCCAAGGCUAUACUUCCCCGUGCCACUGGGAUACUUAGAAGACAUUUUAAUAAGAAUCGAGAUAUAGAAAGUAUAUACACAUUUAAUGAUGUGUGCUCUCUAUUGAUGAGGAAUAUGCAGCAGGCUCGUUAUGAGUGUACAAUUCUAGAUCUUGCUAAGGCUUACAAUGGGUAUUCUUUUUACUUUCCGGCAUUUCUAGACUUCAGAGGGCGAAUCUACCGCAGUGGCAUUUUUCACUUCCACGAACGGGAUUUAGCCCGAAGUCUACUACUUUUUGAUUGUAAAAAAGGUUCUCAAUUAACCUCUAACAAUGAUAAAGAAUUAUUUCAAAUAUAUGUAACCGCUACUAGAUUUCACUAUCAAUCAUAUAAUAAUGAGUUUGAGGCUUUAAGCGACGCGAACGACAGCAUAGGUUAUUUGAGGGUGCCCUCCGAAUGGGAUAGUGAGGUGGAUUAUAUAAAAGCUCUCUUGAGUGAUUCACAGAAGGCUAAACACCCUUUCCAAUAUUUCUCGAAUAUGCAUCUCUUUUUGAUGAGGCUUCCCGCAGGGCACAGGUUCCCACCUUUGUCUAUCUCAGAACACCUAUGUCAAGCAAUGGGGAAAAAGUCUGCUGCUUCAUCAAGGAAGCGAUCCAAAGGCAUCCACAAGCAUCUGGAAUUGGAAGGGAGCUCGGUCGGAAAGGAAGCGAAUUCUUUUUAUGCCGGUCAGCGCCUAGUGAGUCUCUUCCUUCAUCCCGGGAAAAAGGGAAGCCCUAUAUAG